AUGUUCGACGAAACUUGCUCUAGGGGGCUGAUGGUCUGGGAUGCACAGAAUGACAUAUUUGCAUCACAGACGGGAGCAGUGCCUCUCACCAUCAUCCCACAGAACUCCGUGUCUACGUGGUCCAUUCAGAAGCUGCCAGGUGUCACAGCGAACACGUCACCGCUUUCAUUCCAAGAGACGGGGCCCGUGCUGCUCAACAUCUCGCAGGCCGAUAGCAAGACGUUCCAGCCCACCGAGGUGGUUUGGACGUCGUCCAACAUCAGCACUGAUCCUUCCACGUGGACUGCUGAGCUGUCGUCAGCAGUGAGCCGAGCCAGCAUCGCCAAUCUGACCAUGCAGAACCCCCAGAUGUGGAUCUACGGGGGCAAGUUUGAUGUGAAGAACCUCAACUACUCCUUCAAGCCGGACAACGCAGUGCUCCUGGUGCAGAGCCUCACUGGCACGCUGCUGGGCACCAACGUGAACAGCCAGAACCUGCAAGUGCCCAUUGAAUCUGACAACAUCCCCACCCUCAAUGGCCAGCUCAUUGCGCGGGUAAAAAUGCCUUCUGAUUUGUUCUAA